AGUUCAACUUUACUUGUGUGCUUAACAGUGUAUAAAAUACAAAUCAACAAAAAAAUAAUCAUGAUCUCGAAGGUAUUAGUAUUGGUUGCUAUUGUAGCAUCAACAAAAGCUGGUUAUAUUGGAGGAGGAGCAUCAUACGCAGCAAAUAAUUUAGUAUCUCUAGGUGGUCAUGCAUCGGUGGUAGGAUAUGGUGCAGGAGGAUAUGGUGGACAUGGUGGAUUUGGUGGAUACGGUGGACACGGAGCAGUGUAUGCAGCUCCAGCUGUUGUAGCAGCGCCUGUGGUUGCCGCAGCCCCAAUUGCGAAAGAAGUUGAUUACUAUGCUUAUCCUAAAUAUGGUUUUAAUUAUGGUGUAUCCGAUGGACACACUGGCGAUCAAAAAAGCCAAGAAGAACACAGAGAUGGUGAUGUUGUAAAAGGAUCUUACUCCCUUCACGAAGCUGAUGGAACGAUUAGAACCGUUCAUUACACCGCUGAUGAUCAUAACGGAUUUAAUGCAGUUGUCACCAGAUCUGGGCAUGCUGUCCAUCCCGCUACCGUUCCAGCUGCGAAAUUCGUCGCGGCUCCAAUCGCUUUAGGGGGUUACCUCAAACACUAAAAACGUCUUAAAGAAACGAUAACCCAACUUGCUCAUCUUGUUGUAAAUACCUCUUUUUUCCUCAUCUUUUUUCAUCUCUAUCUUUAACUAUCUUUUGUAUCUAAAUCUCAAAGCCACCCACAUUGUCUUCAUACGCCGACGUGCACCGAUUCAUUACAACGAUUUUUUAACCACGAUUAUUAUCCGCUUUUGGCGGAUAGCGCCAUAUUUAUUAUUUUUAUUUUUUUUAAUUAUUAAUAAUGUGACGUACUUUGUUUUUUUGUACACUUGAGGCGACUUUGCGCGCUUUUGUAUAGGUUGUAGAUUGUAUUUUUGUGUUGUAACCCAAAGAAAUAAAGCGCUUUUGUAAAGGCAA